CUAUAACAAUAAAUGUUAUCAGUUUGAAGUUUAGUUUUUUGCAAUGUAGGGGUGUGGCCACUAUGAGUAUACCCAUGACUGGGGGGCUGGAACAGAUUAAUGGCAGCGUAAUGGCAUUUCUUGUCCAUUUCAAUGGGGUAAAAUGAUUUGAUAUACAAGUGUUUUGUCGUCCGAGCACGGUCAUGGAAUACAUUAAACUCAUAUCUCAAGGCACCACUGUAUUAUUACUGUCGUCAUCAUUGUUUGUAUUAACUAGUGGCGCGGGAACAUUUUAGAUGGGGCUGAGUACAUUGCCCAGAGGCACCUCAGCCAUAGUUGUGAAUUUAAGCGGCUGGUUUGAUGUUUUAUGUUUUAGAACUUUUGUUUAUUCAACAGGCCGAUGACAAAGUUGUACUGUUGUGACUUUUGGUCAUGUGCAGAAAUUGGGAGGUGGGUAUUAUGUCAUAUUGUGAGUGGGUGGGAUAUUGUGGGGGGGGGGGGGGGGAGAUAACUAAUGUCACAUCAAGUCAUUUCGUCCCGAACAGCUUAACAUGUUACAGAAGAAGCGGAGGUUGUGAUGCGUUCAGGUGCCGCUCCAUUCAUUUACUGGUCUCGUUAGACGCGUUGACGGACACAGCGUUUGCCGGAGAGCAAACAUGACAUCCAGCUUGCUGCCUUAGCAGACGAGGAGGCGGCGGCAUGGGCUGCGCACCCAGCAUCCACGUCUCGCAGAGCGGCGUCAUCUACUGCCGAGACUCGGACGAGUCCAACUCGCCGCACCAGACCACCACCACCAUCUCGCAGGGGGGCGGCGGCGGCGCGCUGCACGGCCUCUUCAUCAAGACCGACGCGGCCGACGCCAUCCCGUCCGUCAUCGGCUACCAGAGCCGUACCUCGAGCUUCAACUCCCGCCGGGAGCGCCGGGACACGGGCGGAGGAGGAAGCGGAAGCGGCGGGGCGCAAGUCCUCAUCCGGGCCGAGACGCAGACCAGCGACGCCGGCGUCAAGGUUUCCUCCACAGAACAAUGUGUGGGACCCAUGAGAGUGAGCCAGGAGCCCAUUCAGGUUCUGCUGGUGUUCGCCAAGGAGGACGACCAGAGCGACGCUUUCUGGUGGGCGUGCGACCGCGCCGGCUUCAGGUGCAACAUCGCCCGGACGCCCGAAUCUGCCCUUGAGUGUUUCCUGGACAAGCACCACGAGAUCGUCGUCAUCGACGGACGCCACUCGCGCUACUUUGAGCCCGAGAUCGUGUGCCGGAUGAUCCGUGCCACAAAGCCCUCAGAAAACACUGUUAUUCUCGCCGUUGUGCCGCAAAAGCCAUCUGACCAGGACGAACCCUCUGUUCUUCCUCUCCUGUGUGCCGGAUUCAGCCGAAGGUUUGUGGGGAACGCCAGCGUGUCGGUGUGCUACAACGAACUGGUUCAACUCGAGCGCGGAGAAGUGCGAUGCCACUUCAAACUCAGGGCUUGUAACUCGGCCUUCACGGUUCUGGAGAAGUGCCAGGAAGCCGUGGAGAUCACCGGUGAAGACCAUGUUAUACAGUAUGUGAAUCCCGCCUUUGAACGGGUGAUGGGCUACCACAAGGGUGAACUGAUCGGCAAGGAGCUGACCGAGCUCCCCAAGACCGACAGAAACAGGGCCGACACCUUGGACGCCAUCAACACCUGCAUGGAGAAAGGAAAGGAGUGGCAGGGCAUUUACUAUGCCAGAAAGAAGUCAGGCGACAGUAUGGCGCAACACGUGAACAUAACGCCCGUCGUCGGCCAAGGAGGGAAGAUCCGACACUUCGUCGCCAUCAAGAGGCCUCAUGUCGACAACAACAGUCAAGUGCACAAGUACAACAAGGAGGACCGGUGUGGUGUUGAGUAUUCUCACGCAGAGUGCCACUCUCUGCUCCACCGCGACAGGAAGAAAGACUCCAUGGAUACGAGAUCUCUCAGCUCCCGGAGUAGCGACGCCGGCAGUUUACAAAACCGAAGACAUUCCUCCGUCGCCAGGAUUCACUCCAUGACCAUUGAGGCUCCCAUCACCAAGGUUAUCAACAUCAUCAACGCCGCUCAGGAGAGCAGUCCACUGACGGUGGCCGAGGCUCUGGAGCACGUGUUGGAGAUCCUGAGGACAGCCGAGCUCUACUCGCCUCAGCUCGCGUCCAAGGACGACGACCCCCAUACCAGCGACCUGGUUGGCGGGCUCAUGAGCGCUGGGCUGCGGCGGCUAUCUGGCAACGAGUAUGUUUUUUCCAAAAACAUGAGCCAGAGCCAGCUGGCCAUCCCGGUCACACUGUACGACGUCCCUCAGUCCAUCGCUGACAUGCUCAACGAUGAGGAAUGCUGGGAGUUCAACAUCCUCGACUUGGAGGCGGCCACGCACAAAAGGCCGCUGACUUACCUUGGCCUGAAGAUCUUCACCAGUUUCGGGGUGUGCGACUUCCUCGAUUGUCCUGAGGUGUUGCUGCGCUCGUGGCUGCAGCUGAUGGAGGCCAGCUACCACUCGUCCAACUCCUACCAUAAUUCCACUCACGCUGCCGACGUGCUGCACGCCACCGCCUACUUUUUACGCAAGGAGAGAGUCAAGAGCAGUCUAGAUCAGCUGGACGAGGUGGCUGCGUUGAUUGCGGCCACCGUGCACGAUGUGGACCAUCCGGGCCACACCAACUCGUUCUUGUGCAACGCCGGUAGCGAGCUGGCCAUCCUGUACAACGACAUGGCCGUGUUGGAGAGCCACCACGCUGCCCUCGCCUUCCAGCUCACCAUGCGCGACGGCAAGAGCAACAUCUUUAAGAACAUUGAGCGGACCCAGUUCCGAACGCUGCGGCAGGCCAUCAUCGACAUGGUGCUGGCCACAGAGAUGACGCGACAUUUUGAGCACGUCAACAAAUUUGUCAACAGCAUCAACAAGCCCAUGGCGGCCAUCGACGAGACGAACACCUGUAGCAUGAGCAGCGACUGCGAGGGUCAAGCAAACAUCAAGAACUCUCCGGAGAACCGGCUGCUGAUCAAGCGAAUGCUAAUCAAGUGCGCCGACGUGGCCAACCCGUGCAGGCCGCUGGAGCUCUGCAUCGAGUGGGCGGGGCGCAUCUCAGAGGAGUACUUUGCUCAGACGGAUGAGGAGAAGAGGCAGGGGCUGCCCGUGGUGAUGCCGGUGUUUGACCGCAACAGCUGCAGUGUGCCCAAGUCGCAACUCUCCUUCAUCGACUACUUCAUCACCGACAUGUUUGAUGCCUGGGAUGCCUUCGCCACCCUGCCGGGUCUCAUGGAGCACCUUUCGGAGAACUACAAGUACUGGAAGACUCUGGACGACAUGAAGUGCAAGAGCCUGCGCCCUCCGCCGCCAUCUUGACUGUGAACCACUCAUUAUCGUGGUCGUUUGCCAGCAGGGUGUGACGGCGAGUCGUCAGCUGGAGCUCCACCAAGUCGACCCGCGUGCCGCUGAUUCUCACCCGGUGCAGACCUGCCAGUAGUCUGGGAGACUAUUAUCUUUAUUAUGUUUGGGGGAUACAUACACAUCCGCCACAGGUGUGACGAAAAUUGUUCAAACCUGUCGAAAUGAUGAAAAGCGUGCGUUCUGCAACUCUUAACCGGGAAAUGUGUGGGUGUUGAAACACCUGCAUCCCCUGCAAGUGCGACUAAAACUAUUAAUUCUGAAAACUUCCGCUUGAAAAAGUGUGGGUGUUGAAACGCCCAUAAACCUUGCGGGUGUUAUGAAAACUGUGAGAAACGUGGGUGUUGGAACCCCUGCCCUUAAGGGUGCAACCGAUAUUGUGGGUGUUGAACCUAUUCACUGGGAAAAGUGUGAGUGUUGAAAUCUUUCACGGGUUCAUGGCUUGUACACCCUCACUAUCCACUGUACAUGGUUGUUACAACAUGGAAAAGUGAGGGUGAUGAAACAAGUGUGAGCUGCAUGCAAAUGUGGAUGGCCAUGGGUGUGGCAAAAAACUGGGUGUUGAAACCUUUAAUUGGGAAAUAUUUCGGUGUUAGAAUAUACACAUCCCCCACGAGUGCAACGGAUACUGUACGUUUUGACCCCAUUUACCGGGAAAACUGUGAGUUCUGAAAUCUUUCACUGGGAAAAGUGUGGGAGUUGACACCUGUUGUUGGGUAAAGUGUGGGUGUUUCAACAGCCAUGUCCCCCGCAGGUGUGGCAAAAACUGUGGGUGUUGAAACCUUUUACGGGUUCACGAGUGAACAGAUUAAACACCCUCUGUAUGCGUCACAUUGUGGGUGUUUCAACAUGGUAAAGUGUGGGUGUUGAAAUACACGUGACAGGUAGCAUGGGGUUAAAUCUGUUCACAGCGAAAAGUUGGAGUCUUUAAAUACCCACAUCCCUCGCAGGUGCGACGAUGAUCGUGGGUUCUGAAAACCUUUCACAGGAUCAACACCCACACUAUCCAUUGCACCUGUGGGCUUUGUGGGUGUUUCAACACGGAGAAUUGGCCCAGCGUGUUAAAACAGUUUCCCAGGAAAAGUGCAAGUGUGGAAACACCCACAUCCCCAAUGAAUGUGACGACGCGUGGGUGUUGAAACUUUUUUACCGGGAAAAGUGAGGGAUUAUAGCAUCCCCUGCAGGUGCAACAGAAACUGUUGAAAUGUUUCACCGGGAAAAGUGAAGGUGCCCUAACCUGUCACCAGGAAAAAUGUGCGUUUGAUGAAAACUGGGGGUGAUAAAACCUGGUGUAACAGAGUGAAGGUUACUAAACAACCACAUACCCCACGGGCGUGACAGAUCGUGUGGGUGAACCUUUCACGGGUGAACAGAUGAAACACCCACAUCAGCCAUCGUACCCGUGGCAUAUGUGGGUGUUGUUCGUCUGUCGCUCAAUACCGCCAUCUAGUGCAUAUUAGAACGCACUACAGGCAACCUGGAUAACGAAGACUAAAAUUGGUUCAUUCAUUCUGACAUGCGGACACCAAAUGAACUAUUUAUUUGUACACAACAAGCUGAUAAUAAAGUGCCAAGUGAAUGAAAGAGAAGUGUAAGUGAAAACCAUGGGAAAUGAAAGUUUUGUAAAUAUAAAUGCCUGUCAUCAUGGGAGUGCUUGUGAAGAAAGUUGAGGGGGGGUCGUAUGUUUUCGUUCAUAAAACAAAAGUGUCACAUGGCGAUUCUUUUUUAAUGUCAGCUUUGAAGAGGUGUUCGUGUUGAGGUACGACAGCUCUGUGGAGAACAGC